CCUUCGUUUACCUGGCCGUGAUGAUUCAGGUAGGAGAGAUCGUGCUGGGGCUGUGAAGAUCGCAUUUGUCGCCGGCACUCGCAGAGAUCGUGUACGAAUGUGACAAAAGUGCGAUAAGGAACCGUUUAAAGAAGGCAGUUUUCUAGGGGAAAGUCAGUCAGUUGGUCGACUGUAUCUGCACAGUUCCAGUACUUGUUGAUCUUCCGUUAAACGAAGACGUUGCUCGAUCUUUGAUUAAGUCGCUCUUGAGUUUCGCUGCGGAUUCCUCGAGUGAGCUUUCAUUGAUAUUGGUAGUGAUCGUCGAUGGUUCGAAAAUCGUGCUACAGAGAAAUAGUUUAAUUAGCGAGAAAGUGCUCAAGAGCUUGAACAUUAAUUAAGGCCACCCAUUUCUUCGCGACAAACUGACCUUCUAGUGAUUGUGUGACAUUAUUUUGACUAAUUAGAAGCAAAAAUGGAACGGUUCGCACCGGAUUUAGCGUUCGAUUUGCCUUCGCCUAAUUUGAAUUUCGAUACUUUCUCCGCUUUCCCGCUACCGGUUGCAAGCGGGAAGCAUAACGUUUCGGUCGAUUCAAUUGCUACUGAAAAUUUUUUACGUAGACUCAGUGAGAAAAUCGGACGGGGAUUGAGCAGUGCAGCAGGUGGUAGUGAUAAUCCAUUGAACCUCAUCCGUAAUCAGGUUGUUUUGAAUGGUACCGGGGUGAGUUUGAGUGACGAUGGGAGUGGCGAGUUUCCCAAUGAGGACUGGAUCCGUCAGGCGGAAUACGAUAAGUUCAUGAAUGAAAUAUGGAUUGGGAUCGUGUUAACGCUCAUUGUUAUUUCGAUGGUGUUCUGCAUUUGUUCGUGCUUUCUGUACCAUCAGUUCCGCCAGUGGAAAAAUAAUUAUCACCGCAAUAUACAACAAAGCAACGACAUCGAGUCUGUGAAGCUCAGUAUAGACGAUGAUGAUUUGCCCAGUUAUACACUCGUUUCCGGUCUGCCUAGCUACGACGCAGCCUUGGAGCAACUGCAGAGAUCUUCAGCAAGCAAUUCCUGCCUCCUAAUGUAUCCGUCCGUAUUUAAGAUAUUCACGACCAACGAGAAGCAAGACGUCUUCCCAGGAUCGGUUGUAUCCUCAUCGAAUGAAGCCAAUUCAACAACAUCAUCCCCGCACCAGUACCACACUGUGGUGGCAGUGGUUCCCAGCUACCAGGAAGCCACCUCCAAAUCGAGUGAAGCCAAGUGUGACGAGGCAGCAGCACCCAGUUAUCAGGAAGCACUCUUACCUAGUAACCUUAGGAGUACUUCGUGAGAUUAUCGGAAAGUAGUCAUGGACGUACUUCUGAUGGCACUAUUUAGUCUUAGUUCUGUGUCAAUUCCUCGUUGUAAGUUUUCUGUUUUUUCUCAAAAGGAGAAGAAACUGUAAAGUUCGACACCUGUGAUCUUUUGUACUAAGUAUAGAGUGACCUAGCUGUGAUCAUUUUAUUAACUUCUUUAGUUUAGACGAAUAUCCUUACUCAAGGUAUGCUCAUGAGAAAUAUUGUGAAACUAACUCUAGCUUUAAGCUCGUGCGGACUGAUUGUUGUUGACUACGUGUCGUGCGUAAAUAUUCUCUUAAAAUUAAAAUUAAAAAUAUUGUACAGAAAUACGGUAUUAGUUAAAGCUGUUCCUAAUUUAUACACUUUAGGUUAAUUAUUUCGACACUGUUAUUCGAAAUGCUAAGAAAUCAAAGAAUCUUUUGAAAUAAAUGGAAAAAACUAAAACUAA